CUUGUACAUUGCUGUUAUCUAUACUAUAUCGAUCAAAUGAAGAACAUUUUUUAUAUUCGAAAUAAUUUUUACGUUAGUUUCGUUGCAGUAAGACAAGGAAGAAUAAACCAUGGCAUUUUACCGCUCUGAUCAUAAGACAUGGGAUAUGACAGAAAAUCAAGAAAUUGCCUACUGAAUACCACAGCUAUUGAUAAUUUCUUGAAAAAUGAUGUUUUGGAUCCUUUUCAUGACAAGACAAGCCAACAACAAACAAUGAGCGCCCAGGAAGAAUGCUUCUCCACGGGUGCCCAAGCUAUUUCCACUGCAGUGCCUCCAAGAAACAACUUCCAAGAGCGGUUUGUUCUAGAUGCGAUAUUUUCUGAGUACAAAGACAAACCGAUCAGGAGAAGUAACAUCAUCAAACUGGGCGACGAUUUAUUGAAACGUGGUAUCCUCACUAUAGAACAAUCAGAUUGGGAAUCGUUAAAAAAGAUGAAUAAAUUAACUAUUCUCUCUCAAAUAUUCAAUGGUCCAUGUAAUCUUCAGGAAACCUUUACGACCCGAAAUAUUUGUAUGAGAUGGGUUUAUGAUUUACGUCGUUCUGAUCACGAGAAGUUUCUUCAGAAAGAGACUGAAUUCAUACUUGAGAGACUCUGUGACGAAAGGGCAGCAUAUCGUGUAUCAGAACAAUGGUGUGGAGAAAACAAUUUCAAAACCGAGGACAGCUCAGAUGUCUUGCACAAUAUUUGCAAGGCCUUACGGAAAUCAGAUAAGAAAUUUGUGACGAAAUGUAUAACAGAUGAAUUGAAACAGAGGGAAGAAGAAUUUGGUAAAUUUAAACAAGAAGAAUGGAUAUCUGCAGCAAUUCACAGCCCCGAGGCUAUCACCUGGAAUCCACUUCUGUUUGAUGUAUGUGCCACCAAAUUUAACACCGUGAUAUCUAUCAUUACUAAUAUGGCAUUACCUAAGGACAAGGAAGUUCCGGUCAUGUGUGAGUGCCGAAUAUAUCCGAAGACGAACUAUCGAACAGCUAGAAUUAUUUCUGCAACAACAUUCAUACGAAAGACGUUUGAAACAUACGUAGGUGCAGUACAAGACGUAUUUGAUGAAAAUAAAAUGGAUGUUUUGAAAGUAAAUUCCGAAAACAUGAGGAUACAUGAGGACUUACAAAAAGCCAUGAUUAACAACAGGAAAUUGUUGGAGGAAAGAGAUGGACUCUUGCGUCAACUUAAAUCGAACAAGCAAACGGAAUUAUAUGCUUUUGCAGCUUUUCAGAGAGCAAUUGACGAUUUGGAACGCCGUAAUAAAGAAUUAACAACAGAAAAUACAGACCUAAAAACUAUGUUAAAGGAUUAUGAGAAGAAAAAUGAAAAAAUUGAAGAACUAGAGAAGAAAGAUAAAGAAAAAUCAAAAGAUAUAGAAGAACUAAAAAAAGGAAUGGAACGAAUGAAUGCUUUGGAGGGUAUGGUCAAAUCACUAUUGCCAGAUGCAAAUAGAAGUGGUGGAUCUAGCGGUACUCGAUUUGUCAUUGUAAAACCCACUCCCAAGGGCUCUGCCAAAUCUGUGACUCAUAAAUAGUGACAUAUUUUGUUAAUGAUUGGAUUAUAUUCAUCGCUAUUAUGAUGUAUGUACUGUGUUAUCAUGAUCAAAUAUGUGUAAAUGAUAGAGUUUGUGUACACGUAGCGAAUACUUUACUGAAGUUGUUAUCAAUGUCUGUCAAAAUAUGCAUGUAGAAUUACAAAAACUGGUAUUUUCACCUGAUAGUUCAGAAAAGUGCAUUAAUUAAAAUGGCGAAUGGCACUUGGAUUGAGGUCCUCUGACAAUACGGUUAUUCCCUGGAACCCCAUACAAAAGUAUUACAUUUAAAAUGUGCUUUCUUACACACGUAUUUUUUAUGGUCUAGCUAUAACUGUCAAUACACUGCUAUGGCAUUAAAACUGGAGCAGAAAACUAGAACAUAUUUUGAAUACUUUUCUUUUAAUUUUAGCUAUAUUUUCAAUCAUGAGAUUGUUCUUUACUAAUUUUUAAACUAAAGUUGACAAAUUACUCCAUUGACCACAAAACUUUUGGUCCAACCAUACAUGUAAGGUCGACAAUCGUGAAAAAAUAAACAUUCAUUGGUACAAUAGAUUGUUUUAUUAUGGGUCGACACAAGCCGGCCCUGUUCUAUAAGUUUGGAGAAGUCGCACGCGUUUCUGUGGGACAGGUGUCAUUUACCGCGGAAGUGUUCUGAUAAAGAAUGACGUUUUUUAUAUAUCAAUUUAUUUUUUUUUUCAGACAAGGGUUUAUUCAUUAUAUUUUUUAUGACUACGAAAAAAAUAAUUCAUGGUUACUGGUAUGAUAUGUAAAACUUCCGACUACAAUUCUUAAAGCGCGUAGCUGCUUUAUUGCCACCAGUUGGAUUUUGCUUUCGUCGUCACGUUUCUGGUUUAUCGCAACCUAUAGGCAAAUUUAUGCAUCGCUGUAGUAAGGAGGUCGUGUUUAAAGUAGUCGUAAUUUUGCAACCGAUCUAGUAAGGGGUUUACAUUUAUACCUGCAGGGGCAAUUUCCCUCCCGGAAAUACAGUUCGUUGGACAGUGGAUAAAAUAUGUAUAAAAAGGUGACAAUUUUGCCUUCAUUCUGGGGAAAAGUGGGACACAGAAGCAGGCCAUUCUUCAGUUAGAAUUCCCGCUUGAAUAUGCGUCUGUAAUAAUUAGAGUGAUUAUUAAGAAAUUCAAAAUUUAAAAAUCAAUAAGAAUCUGUGCAUGAAACCGUUUUGGCUAGGUUGCCUUUGUAUUGUAACCUUCGCAUAGCCGUUAGAGGUCAAGAAAAUCAAUACUUUUCCACGGUGCAAUCUAUAAUUAGAAGCCACGUCAUUAAGCUAUACACGAGUCAUGAGUGUUUUCCAUUUGUAUUUUAAUUUUACCAACAUCUACACAGUAAGAUCCGCGUCGAUCGUGAACGAGAAAGAACUUGGGUACGAUUAUGUUUUGACAGCGAAGGACAGAGAUCGGUAUCUCAGAGGGGCGAUAUUGCCUAACGGAUUACAUCUCCCCCGAUCAUAUAUGUAAGUAGGUCAUGCAAGAAUUUAAAGCAUGCAACGGUGUUAGGCUUACCUUACCAUUUCUAAACGACCAAGAUAUUCUUUAGAAUCAUCAUCAACACAAUGAAGUUUGAUUUCGUUUUUUAGUUUGAAAAAAUGAGACUGAAAGUACUGAUCUUGGGGGAGGGAAAAGACAAAAGGUAAAAAAUCAUAGGUCUGUGUUUACGGAAGGCAAUGCCCCGGUUUCAAGUCUUCAAAACACUGCAUGGAAUUUUACGACGGCUGUGUACUGAAAUAGAUAUGGUUAAAACAAGUGUUAGAUAAACGUUGCCAUUGUGUCAAGCAUGAAUGUAAAAUUGUAUGCGGUCCAUAGCACCUAACAUACAAUGAAAAGUAAUCGUGUUUUCAUUUUUUUUUUGUACUUCAAACAAACAAUUGACAAUGACAAGUAUAUGCUACAUGUAUUUCCGAACUUACAAAGGAUGAAGGAGGGGAAGGGGGCAUGGUUUUACUGUCGUUGUUUCCCGUCCCCACAUUUUGUUUUCGUUGAACGAUCUUUUCAUAUAAACAAAAUGCAUAUAGUUUUUCGUUGAGAUUCUUCUUCAUUAUUUCUAACAGGAACAAUGUUACAUGUAGUAGUGAAGAUUUUUUAUUAAAGAUCAUGGGGACCGAUACCCUUUCCACGUCUGGAAUAUGGUGAUACCAAAUAAAUAUAGUAUAUAGUCCGUAUAUGAGUUUACAGAAUUUAAUAUGAAGGUGGUUUGAUUAUGGAAAUUUCACUGGCUGACUCCCUAAGCUAAACUUGUUGAUACUAGACUGGUCCUGCCUAUUCCGCAAUCUCUUUGUUAAGGGACCAGUCCAGCUUAGUUGCGUAUAACAGAGCAGUUUCAAUGAUACCGUUUGAAAAUUACUUUUGUAACGCUUUAGUGCCUAGCUUGGGAUUCUCAUUGAGCUUAUACAUUUACAUGUUGUAAAUAUUGUAUAUUUAUUGCAAGUCACUUCUGUUACUUUUUUCCUAUUAGAACUCCUACACAAGCUAGGAAUCUUAUGCUUUUUAGCUCACCUGGGGUUCAAGUGAGCUAUUCUGAUCACAUUUUGUCCGGCGUCCGUCUGUCUGUCUGUCCGUCUGUCUGUAAACUUUUCACAUUUUCGACUUCUUCUCCAGAACAACUUGGCCAAUUUCAACCUAACUUAGCCAAAAGCAUCCUUGGGUGAAGGGCUUUCAAGUUUGUUCAAAUGAAGGGCCAUGUCCCUUUCAAAGGGGAGAUAAUCACAAAAAUGCAAAAAUAGGGUGGGGUCAUUUAAAAAUCUUCUUCUCAAGAACCACUGGGCCAGAAGAGCUGAAAUUUACCUGAAAGCUUCCUGACAUAUUGCAAAUUCAAGUUUGUUCAAAUCAUGGCCCCCGGUGGUAGGAUGGGGCCACAAGGGGGGAUCAAAGUUUUACAUACAAAUAUAUAGGGAAAAACUUUAAAAA